CACAGGAAGAAAGACGGACGGGCAGAGAGACGGCCCACCUGAACAUGGAUCACCUGUCGGUGCUGGUGCUGGUGCUGUGGAGCUCAGGACUCCAGGCUGAAGGAGAACACAACUCAACAGAGCCUGGUGAUGUCAGAUUGGUGGGAGGAGACAGUCGCUGUGCAGGAAUACUGGAGCUGAAACUAGAGGGAGAAUGGAGACCAGUGACUGAUGCUCCACAGUUGUCCCGGGGAGAACCAAUGUCCUAUCCCUGGACCCUGAAGGAAGCAACAGACUCUGUCAGGCUGGUGGAUGGGACCAGUCUGUGCUCAGGCAGACUGGAGGUGAAGUCUAACCAGAGGUGGUCCUCAGUGUGUGAAGCUGACUUUGACCAGCAGGAUGCAGAGGUGGUCUGCAGGGAGCUUGGCUGUGGGGCUCCUUCAGUCCUCCAGGGGGCACUCUAUGGAGAAGUGGAGGCUCCAAUGUGGACCAAAGAGUUCCAGUGUGGAGGCCAUGAGUCUGCUCUCCUGGACUGUAGAAGCUCAGGCUCAGAUAGAAGCACCUGCUCACCUGGCAAAGCUGUUGGACUCACCUGCUCAGAGCCUGUCAGGUUGGUGGCAGGAGACAGUCACUGUGCAGGAACACUGGAGAUCAAACGUGAGGGAGAAUGGAGACUAGUGGAGGGCUUUUACUCUGACUGGACCCUGAAGACAGCAGGUGCUGCCUGCAGAGAUCUGGACUGUGGCUCUGCUGUUUCUGUAGGACGGAGAAAGGAGUCCUCAGACAGACCUGUGUGGAGGAUCAGGUCUGAAUGUGUUCACUCUGGAUCUGCUCUGAGGGAGUACUCUGUCAGGCUGGUGGAUGGGACCAGUCUGUGCUCAGGCAGACUGGAGGUGAAGUCUAACCAGAGGUGGUCCUCAGUGUGUGAAGCUGACUUUGACCAGCAGGAUGCAGAGGUGGUCUGUAGGGAGCUUGGCUGUGGGGCUCCUUCAGUCCUCCAGGGGGCGCUCUAUGGAGAAGUGGAGGCUCCAAUGUGGACCAAAGAGUUCCAGUGUGGAGGCCAUGAGUCUGCUCUCCUGGACUGUAGAAGCUCAGGCUCAGAUAGAAACACCUGCUCACCUGGCAAAGCUGUUGGACUCACCUGCUCAGAGUCUGUCAGGUUGGUGGGAGGAGACAGUCGCUGUGCAGGAACACUGGAGGUCAAACAGGGAGAAUGGAGACCAGUGAAUGGCUAUUACUCUGACUGGACCAUGAAGACAGCAGGUGUUGUCUGCAGAGAUCUGGACUGUGGCUCUGCUGUUUCUGUAGGAGAGAGAGAGGAGUCCUCAGACAGACCUGUGUGGGGGAUCGACUCUGACUGUGUUCACUCUGGAUCUGCUCUGAGGGAGUGUGCAACAUCAUCUUCCUCUUCCUCCAUCCUGAAUCUCACCAAUGGCAGCAGACUGUCUCCAGCAGCCAUGAUGGAGUCUGAUGAGCUGCUGCCUCAGAGUCCCCUGGGCCAACCACCAACCAGCCUGAAAGGACUCCUUCUUCAGCUUGACAGCUUUCUGAGCCACUGGUUUCCAGCAGCAGGUUCUUUGGUUGCCACCAUAACAGGCACCAAUGACCUACUGGACACAACUUUGAUCAGCUCAGCUCAGCCGGGGGCUCACUCUGUCAGGCUGGUGGAUGGGACCAGUCUGUGCUCAGGCAGACUGGAGGUGAAGUCUAACCAGAGGUGGUCCUCAGUGUGUGAAGCUGACUUUGACCAGCAGGAUGCAGAGGUGGUCUGUAGGGAGCUUGGCUGUGGGGCUCCUUCAGUCCUCCAGGGGGCGCUCUAUGGAGAAGUGGAGGCUCCAAUGUGGACCAAAGAGUUCCAGUGUGGAGGCCAUGAGUCUGCUCUCCUGGACUGUAGAAGCUCAGGCUCAGAUAGAAACACCUGCUCACCUGGCAAAGCUGUUGGACUCACCUGCUCAGAGUCUGUCAGGUGGGUGGGAGGAGACAGUCACUGUGCAGGAACACUGGAGGUCAAACAUCAGGGAGAAUGGAGACUAGUGGAGGGCUAUUACUCUGACUGGACCCUGAAGACAGCAGGUGCUGCCUGCAGAGAUCUGGGCUGUGGCUCUGCUGUUUCUGUAGGAGAGAGAGAGGAGUCCUCACACAGACCUGUGUGGGGGAUCGACUCUGACUGUGUUCACUCUGGAUCUGCUCUGAGGAAGUGCGCAACAUCAUCUUCCUCUUCCUUACUCCUGUAUCUCACCUGCUCAGGUAAGCCCAUCAGUGACAUCAUCAGUGACAUCAUCUAUGACAGUAAUGUCCCCAGGUUGACUCACACAUGUUCCAGCUAG